CAGCAUAGUGUACAGUCGGCCUAUAACCUUUGUCUACGAUGAAAUAACGACCGUUCGAAGAUUCAUGAAAGUUGUCCUAAUCCCUGUCGUUGUUGUGAUGUCAUUGGUAACCACAACGUCACAAUCGACGUGGAUGUCAGCCGUCCAUACACGUUUUGACGUCACGUCAUUCGGACGUCACAAUCUGGUGUUGCUUGGCAAUCUAAUAUACACAAGCACAGAGAACAGCAGUGUUGUCACGGGUAGAUUAUAACAGGUAAGUUACAGAUGAUGGAGCAAGACAGGAAUUUUACAGCACGCCCUAGAAACAGACGACUACACGGAUUCAGGUUCCGACUAACAUCCCUGUUGCAAGAGGAGACAGCAAUGGAAUGUUGCUCUGAUGUACCAGACACCAUGACAAAGAUGUCCACCCAAGAGUCCGUCGCCAUUAGAGUACAAGGCACUGAAGGGGACGGUUUAGAUGUGUGCCCUGCAAAGCGUCGACGUCUAGAUCCAUCAGAUUCUGCAGCGCCCACCCACCAAGAAGGGAACUCCCUUGAUGUCAACGGCAAUGAACCCACCCGAAUGUCCAGAAUGGAUCUGUAUUAUCUCCAUAAGGCCAAAGAAGUAAAGGAAAUUAAAAAGCUUUUCCAAGAAAAUGGUUUUUUGCCUGUGCCAGACUCAACUGAUCUGACCUUCCUCACAACUGAACUCAAACGCCGACAACACUGUCAAAAACACGGCAUAAAACAUGACAUUAGACUGAUGGAUAUGGGAGGCAACUCUGGAAUCCAGGCGUCAUCAGGACACCAGAGCUUGGGUAACCAGCCAGCAAAUGCAAGAACCAGCAAGCGACACUCUCAACCGUCUUCUGAGGACCAUGAUGUCCCUAGAAAAGUUCGUGUCAUACAGCAAGGCAGACAGUGAUUUCUAACAGACUCAUUUCGAAAUUCUUUUUACUACUUACGUCAUUCUUGACGGAUGGUAUAAAUGUACCAAG